AUGCCGAUCAACAGCAAGGGAUGUUCAUACACGUACAAAAGCUCGGGAACUAAUACUAGUGGAAACCACUACUGUAGCCGCAACUACGGACCUGAUGCUCCGAAUCAGAAUAGCUACCAUUAUUCAAACUGUGACGGUUCCUACUAUUACUCUAACCCGAACGGAAGCACCUACUACAAUAAUGGCAAGGGUCAGGCUACCUACACGCCGCCUUCAUCUUCCUCGUCCGGUCAAAAGUGA